GAAAUGACACUCAAAAUGUUGAUAUGCCAGUUUUCUGUGCCUUUGCUGCUUCCAAAUUGUAAGACAAAACCGUGCACACUCAUGCUGUGGGCCAUGAGAGACAUUGUUAAAAAGUACAGACCUCAGUCACUGUCAGAAUCCAAGGGCUUUAUUGAAGACAGAGUCGUUCUCUCUGAGCUUCCCAUGGUGUCCUUUGUGAGACUGGGUGAGUGCUCCUUGUCCAAGUCAGAAACCCUCAAUAAGCUUCUGAGCAAUUCCCAGCAGUACCAUGACACAUUUGUUCACCGCAACAUGGAGUGUGCUGACAGUCCAAGGAGAAUAUCCAAUGGACUAGCUGAAAUAGCAUGGUACCUUCCUUGUGGAAACAAAAACAUUGAUAUUUUCACUGAGCCGGUAGCUGUAGCCAACCUUCGUGGGGACAUUGGUGAUUUUGAAACACAAUUUUCUUUUUUGUGUCAGACAUCUGCAGCAGUUUUUGUGUUCUUUGACAAUUUGGACACUGAGAGCAAACUGCUUACUAACAAACACCACAAGGCACAGAUCUUCUUGGUUGGCAACCAUCAGAGCAAGAGCUUCAGUCUGGAUGCUCUCAAAAAGGUAGCAACUACAAUGGACUUAAAUAACAGCAACAUUAUUUUGAAGACUAAGCAGAAAAAUGAUGCAGACUUUGUCCGGAACUUGAGAAGAACUAUCAGUGAUGUCAUUGAAAACACAAAGAUAAAGAUGAAGAUGAAGAUGAAAAUAGAGAAAAUGGCUGAUGUUGCCCAUGAGCUGGGAAUCUUGGUUGAUCAAGACCAUGCAGAGUGCCAGAAUGCCAAGAGAAAUGCAGAUGUCAUCACCGCAGAAAUUCUAGACACCCUUAAAUACAAAGAAGCUCAACUUCCCCUGCAAGGCCAAAUAUGGAAGGAACUGGCGAAAUUAGAGAAAGAAAAUUUUUGA